AAUGGAUACACGAUUCAUUAUUUAGAUGUAUUCCAGUUAGCGCAUGAGAAACCCGUUGUGAAGAAUGCCGUAGUUUAUAUUGCUACCACCAAGAAUGAAUCAUAUGUUGGACCAGCUCCUUUAGAUGUUAUGGCUCGACAAAUAUUUCAUUCGGUUGGACCAAGUGGAACUAACAAGGAAUAUUUGCUAAAUCUCACAUCGGCUCUUCGUUCCAUCGCUCCUGAUGCAUAUGAUGGUCAUUUGUUUGAUUUAGAAAGGAGAAUUUUAGA